UCCAAACGCCAAGAAACAAAGAGGAGAAGCCACUGAAGGAGCUGGAUUGUUGAGAAGAUCGUGUUUUUUGGACGUUUGGAGACGUGGCGGGAUGAGGAGCGUGGACUGGUUCCUGUUGGCAUGUUGUCUGUGGAGCGUCAGCAGCAUUGGGGGGGCGACGGAGAUGGAGAACACCCUGUUGAAGGCCAUUUUCAGUAACUAUAACCAGAAGGUGCGCCCCGCUCUGGACCCCACGGACAGGGUGGUGGUGCGGAUCGGCCUGGUGCUCUCCUCCUUCGUCGGACUGAAUAUGAAAAAUGAAGAGAUGAGCACAAUUGUUGUCAUGGAUUUGGCCUGGACAGACUACAGGCUCCAGUGGAACCCCAAACAGUACGAGGGCAUCACAGUGCUGAGGAUCCCCGCCGCUAAAGUGUGGCUCCCAGACAUCGUCCUCAUCAACAAUAAUGACGGAGUGUUCGACGUGGCCCUUCACGUGCACGUCCAGGUUUACUACAACGGCAAAGUGACAUGGACGCCCCCCGCUCUGUACCUCAGCUCCUGCCAGGUCAAGGUGGAGUACUUUCCGUUCGACUGGCAGAACUGCAGUAUGGUGUUCCGCUCGUACACGUACGACGCCUCAGAGAUCGAAAUCCAGUACUCCCUGGACUCCAACGACCGACAGAUUCAGGAGAUUGUUCUGGACGAGGCCUUCAGUGAGAGCGGGGAGUGGCACAUCCGCCACAAGCCCAGCAGGAAGUACCUGGACUACGACGGCUACGAGAACAUGGCCUUUUUCCUGAUCAUCGAGAGGAAGCCGCUCUACUACGCCAUCAACAUCAUCCUGCCCUGCAUCCUCAUCACCAUCAUCGCCAUCUUCAACUUCUACCUGCCCCCUGACGCCGGUGAGAAGAUGGGUCUGUCCAUCAACGUCCUCCUGACCUUAACUGUGUUCCUGCUGCUUCUGGCCAAUAAGAUCCCGGAGACGUCUCUGGGCGUCCCCGUCAUCGUCAACUACAUCAUGUUCACCAUGAUCCUGGUCACCUUCUCCGUCAUCAUGAGCGUGGUGGUGCUCAACCUCCACCACAGGUCCCCCAACACGCACCGGAUGCCCAUGUGGGUGCGGCGGAUCUUCCUGCACAUGCUCCCUCCGUACCUGUGCAUGAAGCGUCCUAAAGCGGAGGCCCUGGUCGUGGUGGAGCUGAGGCCGGUGAAGCAGCCCCGGAUGGCCCUCAGCAAAGUGGCCGACGAGUACUUCAUCCGCAAACCAGACAACUCUGUGCUCUUCCCCAAACCACACAGGUUCAAUCCCGAGGGCAUGUGCACAGACCUGAGGAAGUUCAUAGACGGUCCCAGUACAUACCUGACCCUGCCCGACGAGCUCAAGUCUGCGGUGGACGCCAUCACCUACAUCGCUGAAGCUCUGCAGGCCGAGAAGGACUAUGAAGCUUCGAAGGAGGACUGGCAGUACGUCGCCAUGGUGAUGGACCGACUCUUCCUCUGGAUCUUCGUCGUCUUCACCACCGUGGGCACUCUGGCCAUCUUCGCACACGCCCGCAACAACUUCACCCCCACCGACCCCUUCAAGCCCACCUGAGACAGUGGGACAUAGUGCUACUCGUGACAGACACUGUGUACUGUGUAUCUUCAGUGUACGGAGACGCAAGUGUGGACUCAAGUGUGGACUUUGUUAUCCUCUGUGUUUUUAGAUGAACACGGCAUGAUAUUCUAUUUCUACUUACAUCGAGUGGAACUAAACGACUAAACUCCACCCACAAUUCAAACAGAUCUGAUAAACUGGAAUAAUAAAGGGGGAGGUCCGUGUGAGUGGUCUA